AUGGGAUCCUUUGCCCGGGAUAGUGCUGCGCGUAAGGAGGACGCCGGCUUGUGGACAAUGCAGAUGCCAAACCGGUUUAGUUGUCGGGCCAUCACGUCAGAAAUUCCUCGCAUAAAUGCCACCGCCAAACAUGCUCGUAUGAAGAAGCGGGCCGAUCUUCAAGAGAAGCUCCAAGCACUCCUCCGUCCUAUCAAUGACAGUAACAUAUCGACGAGAGUUGUCAACCUUUCGAAAAGGGCUCUCAAACCCGCCGAAUCAAGCCUAUUGUCUAAAGGAAUACGGUUCAGUCAUGUCGAUGCUGCGCCUACAAACUUCUUAGCGAACCUGGAAUCCCUCCUGUUAAACUCAUCCAUCCCUGAAGACAUUCGUGCGGACAUACGCAACUGUGCGACCGGCCUCCUCCGGAAAAGAAGACAUCAGCAAACCUUGCCGAUGGAAGAGGAGAAGGGAUUACGAUCCCUGAGGUCAGACGACAGUAUCGUUGUUGUAUCUGCUGACAAAGGUGGUGCUACUGUCAUUAUGGACAUGACUGACUAUAUCAAUAAGGCCAACCAGGCCUUUAAUGAGAGAGAGGCCUAUACCCCAAUUGCUGAGGAUACGACGAAAAAGCAGGCCGCAUCUAUAAAGAAGAAGGUGAACGAGCUCACUCGUAAAAAGCUCAUAAACCCCGCGGACUCCAAAUUUCUGACUCCCAACGACACCCGUAUCGCACGUGCUUAUGGCCUCCCAAAGGUGCACAAAGCAGGUGCCCCGUUGAGGAUCAUAGUGCCGCUCAUUGGAUCGCCUACAUAUAACCUUGCCAAGUGGCUGUACAAGCACCUAAAGCAUCUCACGAAUGGAUGGCAGUAUAGCAUCAACAACACUCAUGCUGUUCUUCAGAGGAUCCAAGGCCUUAAUGUAAGCCCUGAUGAAUGCAUUUUAUCGUUUGAUGUAGUUGCUCUGUUUUCCUCAAUACCGCAUAACUUGGCCAUUGAGAGCGUAGCUCGACGCCUAGAGGAAACUCCGAUUGGCAUUCCAACAGAGCACGUUUUAGACAUGCUUGGGCUUUGUCUUAAGAACUAUUGUCCAUUCGAUGGCAAGUAUUACCAGCAGGUCAAGGGCACCCCCAUGGGUUCACCGAUAUCGGGCCUACUCGCCGAACUAGUCUUACAAAGACUAAAAGAAGUUGUUAUUCAAGCCAUCAGACCAAAAAAUGUGGCUCCACUACGUAGAUGA